GUUCGGAGACCACGCUCUUACAAUCCGUGGAAGUCGUCAUUUUGCAAUUUGACAGCAUACAGACAGUACCAUGCGAUUCUUUGGCGCACUUCCGUUGUCCGCUUUCGUCGUCAUGGCGCUCCAGACACGGCUUGGUGCGAUGGCGGGAACGUCCACCCCGGUGCCCUAUGGAGUAUUCCAUACCCUGACGUACGAAAGUCACAACCCCAAGGAUCCUUACGACCCAAACUGGAAGGAGCCGAAGAUUGACGUGAUGCUGUACCCAGAAACCCAAAACAUCCCCGUCGACAACUUGAGCAAACAUCUGCGUCCGCCGCCACCUCGGAUUCCCGACAGCUACGACAUCUUUGUUGGAUUGAGUUCAUUCCGCGAUGGCGAGCGAUGUGGGUACACCCUCUUCACUGGGUUUCUCCGAGCCAUUCGGCCGAAUCGGCUCUUCUUCGGUGUUGUGGACCAGGUCUUGGAGAACGAUACGACAUGUCUUAUCGAAUAUUGCAAGUUGGCCCACAACGAAUGGCCAUAUGACGACUGCAGGUUCAGGACCCAGAUCCGCGUGGACGAACUCCACGCCGACUCGGCCCGCGGCCCCGUGUUUGCGCGCCACCAUCAGCAGAAAUUGAUCCACGACGAGGAAUUCUGUCUCCAAGUGGAUGCACACAGUGCCUUUACUAAGGACUGGGACUUGGGCGUCGUGUCGGACUGGAAAGCCACGAACAACGAGAUGGCUGUACUCUCAACCUACUUGCAUGACUUGCACAACUUUAUCAGCGACGACGGCUCCAACAACGCUCCCGACCAUUUGCCGCAUGUGUGCCAAACCAUGCGCGGCACGAACGGACUCGUGCGAAACAUCGGCGCCGACCUGAUCGUCGAGUCCAAGCACCCCCAGCUCAGUGCGUUGUGGGCGGCGGGGUUCUCGUUCAGCAAGUGCCAUGCCGAGAAACGUGUGCCCGUCGACCCGUACAUGCUGUGGAUGUUUGAAGGCGAGGAGUUCCUGCGGUCGUCGCACCUGUGGACGGCUGGCUACGACAUGUACUCCCCGUCUCGAGUUGGAUCGGUCGUGUACCACAACUACACGUCGAUCCCGGCGCGGUUCGAGGAGAUGCAAGUCAGCGACGAAGCGGUGCGGACGCGGGAGCGGACGAUGGCCGAGAACCGCUUUCGACUGGUGGUGGACUGGCCGUUUGAGGGCCCAGUCAACACGUUCGAGCUCACGACGACGUACGCCAUGGGAAGGGCGCGGUCGCUGGACCAGUACCUCGAGUUUUCAGGCGUGACGUUCGCCCCAGACCAAGUGGAUGCGCACACGUGUCGCCAGUUGUACUGGGUGCCGUACGCAGACCCGACCAGUGUCGAAAUGUUGCUUGGCAACUGGCAUAUGGGUAACCGUGAAAAAGUUGCCGUGGGGGAAGGCACCGCCGCCCUUCGAAGCAGUGGGCGAUCGUUUGACUACUUACCAGCGGAUCACUCGGUCCUUGUCGGUGUGGGAGUUGUCUUGAUUCUCAUGGGGGGGUUCAUGCAUUCACGACAAACGAAGAUCAAGCACCAUGACAAGAGCGAUGUAUAAUAUAUAUAGUAUGAACUAGAUAAUAUUACUGUAAUAUAUGCAGUGUGUAUGUAC